CAUCCACUCCCACAUCCACACGCUGUUUCCCGCUGAGCUGUCAUUGGAAACGCCGCUCCACGCUGCGCCAGCUCUGCGCGUCCAGCUGCGCUCACAUCUGAUCCGGGACCAGAGCCUUUAAAAGCCGGUACAGAACUGACCGGAGACCACGAACCGAGAAUAAAAGAGAGAAACAUGGCUUCUGAAGAUAAAGAGAGCUCUGUACUGUCCGAUGACCAACUCCGAAUACUGGAGACAAAUUUCAGAACCAACAGACAUCCAGAGGGGCCGAGCCUGAUGCUGAUCGCUGCUGAGGUGGGAGUGUCAGAGGAGGACGUAGAGAAAUGGUUCAGGCUGCGCAUGGCAAAGUGGAGGAAAGAGCAGGGUCUACCACCAACAAUUGGAUCUGUGUUGGACUGAGAUUUUCUGACCUCCUUCUGAUGCACAAACUCUUCGUAGCUGACCUUCUUCCUCCUCAACUGGCUGACCAACCUUUUCUUUUCGCCUCACCAUAUGCCCAUCCCUCCUUUUUGUAUCUAUGAAGUUCCUUUGUCAUUGGAGAAUAUGAAGUCGUUGGUGUGCCAUUGUAACUGCCUUGUUUACAUAAAUAAACAUGAUGUUAUUGUAAGUGGAAGGAAUUUGCUUUUACAUUUGACAGGAUUAUUCAAUGGAGGGAGGAUGACGUGCAUGCUUUUGUUUUUUAGCUGGUCUCAGCAGUAAAAAGAUGUAAGAGGAUCACUGUUUUACAAUAGAUAUGAAACAUAUGUGGCUUAAUCUGGAAUGCUGCCAUGGAGACGGUGAGGGAAACAAUGGGUUAAACCAGUGCAGGUGAUGUAAUUUGUUCCCUUCAUUCCCUAAAGCUAGCACCUGUGUCUUAAUGUUGCACUCCUUCCUCAUAUUUGUUAUGCUUUGAUUCCUUUUUUAUUGCUAUUUUUUGUUUUUAUUUUUGUACAGCACUUUGGUCAGCUGCUUUGUUGUAUUUUAAGUGCUUUAGAAAUAAAGUAUGAAAAAGUCUGAAAACUGUAAAAAA